AUGGCUGCUUUGGAGCAGCCGUUGAGAGUGGGCCCCUUAGAGAGAGACAUUGAAUUGGCCAUCACUGCUCUUAAAAGAGGAGCUCAGUUGCUCAAGUAUGGCCGUAGAGGGAAGCCCAAGUUUUGCCCCUUCAGGCUGUCAAAUGAUGAAUCUGCUCUAAUAUGGAUAUCUGGGAAAGAGGAGAAGCAUCUUAAACUAAGCCAUGUCUCCCGAAUUAUCCCUGGUCAGCGCACUCCAAUUUUUCAGAGAUAUCCUCGUCCUGAGAAGGAAUACCAGUCAUUUUCUCUUAUAUACAGUGACAGGUCUUUAGAUUUGAUAUGCAAGGACAAAGAAGAAGCUGAAGUCUGGUUUACUGGUCUAAAGGCACUAUUAUCGCAUCGUCAGCUUUGGAAAAAGAGGGAAGAAACUAGUAACGAUGGACUUUUAUCAGAGGCAAAUAGUCCUAGAUCAUACACCCUUAGAAGUUCUCCUUUGAGCUUCGCAUUUGGUAGUGAUGAUAGUUCACUGAAGGAUGGAGUGGGACCUGUUCCUCUUCGUACUCCAUAUGACAGUCCCCCUAAAGUUGGUUCAGAGAAGGCAUUGUCUGAUGUAGCAUACACUGUGCCUCCUAAGGUAUUAUUUCCAUUAGAAUCUGCUUGUGAGCCUGGCUUAGAUGAAACAACAGGGCGUCUGAAGGGUACGAACGCGGAUGCUUUUAGGGUUAGUUUGUCAAGUGCUGUUAGCUCAUCAAGUCAAGGUUCUGGUCGUGAUGAUAAUGAUGCAUUAGGGGAUGUUUAUAUUUGGGGGAAGGCACUGGUGAGGGCAUUUUAG